AUGGGAAAAUACAAUUUAAUAUUCAAGAAAAACUGGUUUGCAAAGAGCAUUUUUGGGACCGUAGGCAUUUUCGUUGUUCUGGAUCAGCUAGCUAGAUAUCAGUACAACAUCCCGGAGUUUAGAGAUCCCAACCUAACCAUGUGGCCGUGGUGGCUUGAAAAAGUAGCCGCGAAGAGGUACGCCAAAAUGGGAGCAACAGACGGGGAGGAUACAUGUGUAGAGUGUUAG